AUGUGCUCCGAAAACGCUGUGCCAUAUUACGAGGCCUUACCGAAGACCCUCAAGCCUCAUCAUUACGAUCUUUCUAUCUCUGAGAUAGACGCCGAAAAGGAAACUUUCACUGGUGUUGUUCGUAUCCACUUGAGUGUCGAAUCUUCCACCGACGAAUUACACUUGAACUACAGAGAUUUAACUGUGUAUCAAGAUAAAAUUUCUAUUGUUGCUUCUGGUAUCAAUGGUUCUUUAGAUGUCAAGGUUACUUCUAUCUCAGAAAUCAAAGAAAAGGAAUACUUUGUCAUUAAGUUUGCUGAAACUGUCGAUGCCUCAAAGUUCACUGACUUGUUGGUUACUUUAACCUACAAUGGUCUCAUCCAAAACAAUAUGGCUGGGUUCUACAAAUCGACAUACACUGAGCAAGGUGAAGAAAAAUUCAUGUUGUCCACUCAAUUCGAAGCCACUGAUGCCAGAAGAGCUUUCCCAUGUCUUGAUGAACCUGAAUUGAAAGCUACUUUCUCGGUCGACUUGACUGUUCCAAAGGAAUGGGUUACCUUGGGUAACAUGCCAAUCGCUCAAGAAACUGCUUCAGGUGCUCUCAAGGUUGUUACUUUUGAAAAGACUCCAAUCAUGUCCUCGUACCUUCUUGCAUGGGCCUGUGGUGAUUUUGAAUACAUUGAAAGUCAUACUGAAGGACUUUAUGUUGAUAACAAACCAUUACCUGUCCGUAUCUACACCACCAAGGGUUACACUGCCGAAGCUGAAUUUGCAUUGGAAAUUGCCCCAAAGAUUGUUGAUUAUUUCAGUAAGAUCUUUGAAGUCAAGUAUCCAUUACCAAAGCUUGAUUUGAUUGCUGUCCAUGCCUUUUCUCACAAUGCAAUGGAAAACUGGGGGCUUAUCACUUACCGUAGUACUGCAUUGCUUUUCUCCGAUGAAAAGUCUGACCCUCUGUACAAGCAAAAAGUUUGUUAUGUCGUUGCCCACGAAAUUGCUCAUCAAUGGUUUGGUAACUUGGUCACUAUGAAAUGGUGGGAUGAAUUGUGGCUCAAUGAAGGUUUUGCCACUUGGGUUGGUUUUGCUGCUGUUGAUUUCUUAUUCCCUGAAUGGGAUAUUUUCAGUGGAUUCGUUUCUGAAUCUUUGCAACAAGCUUUAAACUUGGAUGGUUUAAGAAACUCUCAUCCAAUUGAAGUUCCAGUCAUUGAUGCCUUGGACAUUGAUCAAGUUUUCGAUGCAAUUUCGUACUUGAAAGGUGCGUCUACCAUUUUGAUGCUUUCAAACUACUUAGGUCAAUCUGUAUUCUUACAAGGUGUUGCCAAGUACUUGAACAAGAACAAAUUCGGAAAUGCUACUUCCAAUGACUUGUGGUCUUCCAUUGAAGACGUAUCUGGUAAGCCUAUCAGCUCCUUGAUGGAAUCUUGGAUCAAGAAGAUUGGUUUCCCAGUUGUUAAUGUCGAUGUCAACUCUGACAAGGGAUUGAAGAUUUCUCAAUCCAGAUUCUUGAACGGUGGUGAUGUCACUUCUGAAGAUGAUGAAACUAAAUGGUGGAUUCCAUUGAACUUCUCUACUGGUCCAGAACAUAAAGACGUUUUCACUGAUGUUAAGCCUCUCGCAGAAAAGGAAACCACUAUUGAAAACUUCCCAUUACUUGACAAGUUCUUCAAGCUUAACAAGGAUACCACUGGUGUCUACCGUGUCAACUACUCUCCUCAAAUCUUGGAACAAAACAUCUUGCCAUAUUUCAACAAGCUCUCUGCUACUGAUAAGGUUGGUUUGAUUGCAGAUGUAUUCUCCAUUGCUGUUUCUGGUAAUGAGUUUACCUCCACCGCCACUUUGCUCAACCUUAUUAAAUCUUUGGUAGACUCUGAUGCAUUGGGUGAUGAUUACGUUGUUUGGCUUGAACUUGGUAACAGAUUAAGUACUGUCUUGACCACCUUUUCCGGUGUUGAUGCAUCUUUGACUGAAAGCUUGCACCAUUUUGCUCAAUAUGUCUACAACAAAAAGGCAAUCUCAGUUUUGGGCGACUUGAAGAUUAAGGAAGACUCUUCAUCUACUAAAUCUCACUUGAAGGGUAAGUUACAAAGAGAAAUCUUGAGUCACGCUGGUCUUUUAUCCAUUGCUGGUGUUAAGGAAUAUGCACAAGAAUUGUUUGAUGCUUGGAAGUCUGGUGAAACCAUUGAUCCAUCUUUGAGAUAUUUCGUUAUUUCAACAAUUGCUUCAUCUCCAGAAUUGAUGGAUGAAAAGAAAUUUGGUUUGAUUAUGACUGAUGUUAUUGCUCCUACUUCUUUGGAUUCUAGAGAAAUCACUUUGGCUGCAUUGGGACACCUCAAAACCCCAGAAUUUGCAACCAAAAUGAUCGGCUACUUGGUUGAACCUGAAGUUGUUCCUACCAUGGAUGCCCACUUCUUGGGUAAGAACCUUUCUUUAAAUAUACAGGUUAGAGAUGAAUUCUGGAAGUACUUCAAGAACAACUACGAUUCCUUCUACAACCUUAUGUCAACCAACAUGGUCGUCUUGGACAGAUUUGUCAAAUGGACACUUGGUAACUACCAAACUAAAGAAAUGCACGAUGAAAUUGAACAAUUUUUCUCUGAUAAGGAUGUCCAUGGAUUUGAAAGAUCUUACAAGCAAGUUUUGGACAACAUUAAGAUUAGAGCUGCUUGGCUCGAAAGAGAUCAAGCUUCUGUUGUUGAGUGGUUGAAGUUGAACGGGUUCUAG